AUGUCCCUGGAAGAGCCGAAACCCCAUCCCCAGGGGGUUUCCAAACAACCGAACACAGAAAGCGUUCACGAGCGAUCGCUCGACAGCCGUGACGGCGAGCACGACCCGGAAACGGGCAGUGAGCCCGAGUCCGAGGCCGACAUUGCCGAGAUCGAGCGCAUCUAUAGAAAGCUAGACUUCCGCAUCAUCCCCGCCUUCUGGGUGCUUUACUUCCUCUGUGCCGCGGUGCGCUCCAAUGUCGGUCUCGCGCAGACGAUGAACGCGAGCUCGGGUCAUGAUCUGGGCUCGGCGCUGAAUAUGACGCCGCACCAGAUCUCCACCGCUCUGGCGCUGUUCUACGUCUGCUAUGUGAUCUUCGAUCUGCCCUCGAACUUGAUUAUGACCCGCCUGAGUCCGCAUGUCUGGAUGAGUCGCAUUGUCAUCAGCGUGGGAAUCAUCGGGAGCUGCAUGGCGGCUAUGAAAGCCGCUUGGAGUCUAUACCUCCUCCGUUUACUCCUCGGUAUCGUCAUCGCAGGCAUGUGGCCCGGCAUGACAUACUACCUCACGCUCUUCUACCCUCCCUCCCGCACGGGCAAACGCAUCGGCCAAUACUACACAGCCGCCCAGGUCUCCGCGGCAGUGGUCGGUCUGGUCUCCGCCGGGUUCCAGAAGAUGGACGGCGAGCGCGGCCUGGUGGGCUUCCAGUGGAUGUUCCUCGUGUACGGGGUGAUCACGACCGUGGUCGGCGUGCUGCUGCUCUGGUGGCUCCCGGACCGGCCUCUGGCGCCCGGCGCGCAGCCCAAGAAGCAGAAAUACCUCUGGUGGCUCCCGCGCAGCCCGCCAGCCCUGAGCGGCCGCGACGCCGAGAUCCACUACCGCGACCUGAAGCGCGUGUACCACCGCGCCCAAUGGACGUGGCGGGAUUUAUUGAAUGUGUUCCUGGACUGGCGGCUCUGGCCAUUGCUGAUCAUGUACUUCGGCGUGGUGGGCGUCGGCAUCGGCACGCAGAGCUACGCCACAGUCAUCAUCCAAAGCAUCAACCCAUCGUUGAACGGAAUCGACCUAAGUCUCCUGACAGCUCCGAUCUGGAUCAUGGACCUGAUCGCCAUCCUCCUAAUAACACCCAUAAGCGACCGCUUCCACCGCCACCGCUCCCUCUUCUUCUCCGUGCCCGUCCUCCUCCAGAUCCUAGGCCUCCUACUAACAACCUACGCGGGAACAACCACAAACCCCUGGCCGCGCUACGGCGGCCUCCUAAUCGUGGGCUUCGGACUGGGCCCCACGGUCCCCAUCACCAUGACCUGGACAACGGAGAUUUUCCAACCGCGCCACGGUGAGGUCGGCGUCGCCGCCGCGUCCGCCGUCGUCUCCGGAUUGGGCAAUUUAGGUAGUAUCAUGACCACGUAUGCGCUGUAUUCCGGGUGGAAGAGCGAUUAUCAGGCGACGGGCCGGGCGAAGUAUCGGAAGAGUAAUCUUGUGAUGGUUGGGAUUCUGUGUGCGAGUAUCCUUGCUGCGGUUACGAUGGAGGUUUUGUUGCGGGUUGUGGAUGGGAAGAUGAAGAAGAACGGUGGACAGCAACGGAAGGGGGACGGGGAGGAGACUGUCGUGGUGGAUGGGGCUGCGCGGCGGGAGGCGAGGCAGCGGGGGUUGGAUGGGUUGGGGGCCGGUUUGUUUAAGGCGUUCAAGAAGAGGGGCUGAUCUGGUUCUCUCCAGGCUACCUACCUAUCUAGAUGUGGAGGAGAAGCUUAACGGGACCCCGACCCCUACUGGUGUUGCACAAGUGAGUCAGACAGUCUAUACGGCUGACCACGCCAUGACAAGUGUAAACUUUCUAUAUCAUUGUAUCUAAUUUCUAGUCUUAUGUGCUUGAACUCGAU